AUGUGUCGCAACAAGAGUGCUCGUCGUGAAGAGAAAAAUUUCCGUCGCGAAGAGAAACAUCGUCGUCGAGAAGAGAAGCAUCGGUUUCGUGAAGAGAAACGUAGUCGUAAGGCCGAAUUCAAAAUUGAAAUGAAAAAUGAGGUUAAACGAUUAUUUUCAACACCGGAAACAACACAACAUAUUGUGAAUGGUUUUUCAAAUAUUCAUUUCAACCAUUUUAAUAAUAUGAAUAACCUCCAACAACAAAUAUCAUCUGUAACAGUUGAACAAAAUGUUGCAAGUCUGAGAACAAUCUUUCCUGAAUGCGAUCCAGAAUAUCUUCGAAAUUGCCUUGCAAACGAAACAAGGGAUCAAGUAGCGGAAAGAUUAUUAUCCAAACCUUACCCUAAAGUCACCUCUGAAUCAUCUUUGACUCCGCCCACUGCGCCACCACUUCCGGAUCGCAUUGACCCCUUCAAUGAUGAAGUACCCCCAUCAUAUGAAGAAUCAUUGGAACAAUCCCCGCCGUUGCCAAAACGUCACCAAAGAGUCUCAUCAAUGGUUACACUACCAUCACAACAGACACGUGAAACACCGUCUUUCUGUCCCAUUAAUAAUAUUAUCUCAAAGCUUAAACCUUUGACGGUUGAGCAAGCAUGUCAUAAAUAUUGUAAUACUUGGACGCGUCCAACCCCAUCCAAUUUCAGGCCACAACCACUAUCGCAACCAUUCAAAGUGUUACCAAAAGAUAGUUAUUCAAUUCAAAGAGGAUUUACCAAUCAUUAUCCUUCAAAAGAACUAAAUUCCCAUAACAUUUCAAUAACUGAUUGGCAGUUUUUUAUCAACGGAUUAAAUUCAACCCUUGGUGCAAACUCGAUUAAUAGUGAUUCAAUCUCUGUUAGUUUGAAAUGGGUUUCAUGGAUGAAUGAAACCAUGGAUAAAAAACAAAUGGAAGCUAACGUUUUAGUAAUAAAUGAGUAUCUUGACAAAUGGAAUGAUUUUUUCUUUGCACCAAGAAAGAUUGAGGUACAAUUUUUGGAAGAUAAAACUUCGACAACCAUAAAAAAUAAACAUCAACCUUUCUUUCAAUAUUUAUUGGUGAAAUCGAUAUAG